AUGGUUAAGAGACACUAUAGAGGACGAAACAAAAUCAUCCUAUUGGUCGACCGACGACCAAUCAGACUUUCUCUACAAGAAAAUUCAUCGGAAUCGGACAAUGAAGAACGUGCAUCGACGGAUGAGAGUAAAAACGACCGAGUAAGAUUAUUUCCACACGAAGAAGGCAAUUGGGCAUUGUCAAUUUAUGCGUUUGUCGAUUGUUCAUCACAUAUGGAUACGAUGAUUGAUGAUUUAUUGGAGAUUUUCAAUGAAAAACAGGAGAUAUGGAAGCGUUUGGGAGAGUUGCAUUUAAGCUUAUCGAAAACAUUUCCUAUUCGUUUUCUUCACAUUGAGUCGAUUCGAAAAAGUCUUCAAGAUGAACUGACAACGUCAAUGAACAGAUUCGCGACACACAUCGAGAAUGUCACGAUAUUAAACAACGAGGAUAGUUCCACCUCGUUUUUAGUAUUUACAGUUGAUCAGCAUCGGCAAAUUUCUCGACUAGUUGAAAUUGUUGAUAAGAUACUCAAAGAACAUCGAUAUCCUUGUUAUUACAAAAACCCAUGUUUUCACGUCAGUUUCGCAUAUUCAACCGCUAAUAAUCGGCAAGAAAAGCUACCGUUAGAUUGGCAGGAAAAAUGUCAGUCGAUUUUUAAACAAUAUCAAUGUCAACCGAGUUCCAUGAUGAUACCUAUUGAUGAUAUUUGUUUGAAAGCAGGCAAACGUGUUUAUCAUUUGACGAAAUCUUCAUGA